AUGGGUUUCAAUUUCACUUUCUCCUUGUGCUUCUUGUUAUCACUAAAAGCUGCACUCUUUCAUCGAACUUGGGCUGAAUAUGGAUCAGAGCUCGAGUUCUUGACUAGGGAGUUGCUGGAAGCGGCAAGAGAUCCCGAGUUCUUUGAAUGGAUGAGAGGGUUGAGGAGGAGAAUUCACCAGCACCCUGAGCUGGGAUUUGAGGAGCACAGGACGAGUGAACUCGUCAGGUCCGAGCUUGACUCACUGGGAAUUAAGUACAAGUGGCCUGUAGCCAAAACUGGGGUGGUGGCUUCUAUUGGCUCUGGCUCUAAGCCUGUCUUUGCUCUGAGAGCUGACAUGGAUGCCCUCCCUCUGCAGGAAUUGGUAGACUGGGAAUACAAGAGCAAGAUUGAUGGGAAGAUGCAUGCUUGUGGUCAUGAUUCUCAUGUAGCAAUGCUACUUGGAGCAGCCAAGUUGCUUCAAGACAAACGAGAUAUGUUGAAGGGAACUGUGAAACUAGUUUUCCAGCCUGGAGAGGAGGGUUAUGCCGGCGCUUACCAUAUGUUACAAGAUGGUGUUUUAAAUGAUAUUGAUACCAUCUUGAGUUUACAUGUUUUGCCAUCAGUGCCUACUGGUGCCGUAGCUUCGAGGCGUGGUCCAAUACUUGCUGGUGUAGGGCUCUUCUCAGCUACAAUACAAGGGCAAGGAGGGCAUGGAGCAUCCCCUCAUCAGACAAGGGACCCAAUUCUUGCAGCAGCCUUGACAACCCUUGCUCUCCAACAGAUUGUGUCUCGAGAGACGGAUCCGCUUGAAUCCAGAGUGGUAACAGUUGGGUAUCUACAGGGAGGUCAAGCACUAAAUGUGAUCCCAGACAGUGUGAAACUUGGGGGAACUUUUAGGAGCUUGACUUCUGAGGGCCUCUCAUAUCUCAAAGAAAGGAUUAAAGAGAUCAUAGAGCAACAAGCAGCUGUGCAUCGUUGUACUGCGGUGGUGGACUUCAUGGAGGACAGACCACUGCCUCAUCCACCAAUGACUAAUAAUGACGCGCUGUAUGAACAUGUGAAGAAGGUCGGCGAGGUCCUUCUUGGGAAACCUAAUGUGCAGCUUCUGCCACUGACAAUGGGUUCGGAGGAUUUCAGCUUCUUCUCGGAGAAGACUGCUGCUGCAAUCUUUGUUGUUGGGAUAAAGAAUGAGACUCUGAAAUCAGACCGAGACUUGCACUCGCCCUACUUUUUUAUCGAUGAGGAGGCUCUUCCAAUAGGAGCAGCACUACAUACUGCAGCUGCAAUCUCAUACUUGGAUGGCCAUGAUGAUGUUAACACUCAGUAG